AUGGCAAAAUAUCAUCUCCAAAAAUUAAUCUUCCUCAUACGAACUGGCAGGAGAGUGAAAGACGGUGGUGUGCCUCAGUGCAGUCGAACUGGCAUGAGUAUGAAAAGUGAGAGGGGCGCUAAGUGGUGGGCAGAAGAGGGAGCGAGUGAGGCAGGCAAGAGUGGUCCCGAGAGUGCAAAUGGCUAUUUGGAGAAGCUGGAUGGCAAUGACGGUGGUGACAGUGAUGAGGCAAAAGUGGGUGAAGAGGAGACAGAGUUUAUGAAUAAAGUGAUGCCAUUAAACGGUGACAGUGUGCUCGAUGACCUCAUCUCCUCGCCUAACGCGUGGGGGAGUUGCAAAGUCAGUAUCUGCAACAAUACCUACAACGACGAUUACAAACAAAGCUACGGAUGUGAUAGCAGGAAUGAGAACGCAGUCCCUUCAUUUAGUGACAGCGUCAACGUCAUUUGCAACGCAUUCAUGCCCCAUCUCGUCGACGCUCCGUCUAUCCUCGGAGCCGGUUUUUACGAUAUCUAA